GAAUGGCGCGAGCAGGCACGGAACCGGCUUUUCCGCCUUCCUGCAGCGUGAUUGGCCCGCGGCUCAGGGAGGCGACCAAUGAGUGCUCUCGGGGAGAGCGACGAGGCCAAUAUGGCUUCCUGUACCUGGUGACGCUUGGCGAAACCGAGGUCUCAUGGAGAAGCCCCCGAGUAUUGAGGAGACCCCAUCUUCAGAACCAAUGGAGGAAGAGGAAGAUGACGACUUGGAGCUGUUUGGUGGCUACGAUAGUUUCCGGAGUUAUAACAGCAGUGUGGGCAGUGAGAGCAGCUCCUAUCUGGAGGAGUCAAGUGAAGCAGAAAAUGAGGAUCGGGAAGCAGGGGAACUGCCGACCUCCCCCCUCCAUUUGCUCAGCCCUGGGACUCCUCGCUCCUUGGAUGGCAGUGGUUCUGAGCCAGCUGUCUGUGAGAUGUGUGGUAUCGUGGGUACAAGGGAAGCCUUCUUCUCCAAGACCAAGAGGUUCUGCAGCGUCUCCUGCUCCAGGAGCUACUCCUCCAACUCCAAGAAAGCCAGUAUCUUGGCUAGAUUACAGGGAAAACCACCCACCAAGAAAGCCAAAGUCCUGCACAAGGCUGCCUGGUCUGCCAAAAUUGGAGCCUUCCUCCACUCCCAAGGGACAGGACAGCUGGCAGAUGGGACACCAACAGGACAAGACGCUCUGGUCUUGGGCUUCGACUGGGGGAAGUUCCUGAAGGAUCACAGUUACAGGGCUGCUCCUGUCAGCUGUUUCAAGCACGUCCCACUCUAUGACCAGUGGGAGGAUGUGAUGAAAGGGAUGAAGGUGGAGGUGCUCAACAGCGACGCUGUGCUCCCCAGCCGGGUGUACUGGAUCGCCUCUGUCAUCCAGACAGCAGGGUAUCGGGUGCUGCUUCGGUACGAAGGCUUUGAAAAUGAUGCCAGCCAUGACUUCUGGUGCAACCUGGGAACUGUGGAUGUCCACCCCAUUGGCUGGUGUGCCAUCAACAGCAAGAUCCUCGUGCCCCCACGGACCAUCCAUGCCAAGUUCACCGACUGGAAGGGCUACCUCAUGAAACGGCUGGUGGGCUCCAGGACGCUUCCCGUGGAUUUCCACAUCAAGAUGGUGGAGAGCAUGAAGUACCCCUUUAGGCAGGGCAUGCGGCUGGAAGUGGUGGACAAGUCCCAGGUGUCACGCACUCGCAUGGCCGUGGUGGACACAGUCAUCGGGGGUCGCCUACGGCUCCUCUACGAGGAUGGUGACAGUGACGACGACUUCUGGUGCCACAUGUGGAGCCCCCUGAUCCACCCAGUGGGUUGGUCACGACGUGUGGGCCACGGCAUCAAGAUGUCAGACAGGCGAACUGACAUGGCCCAUCACCCCACCUUCCGGAAAAUCUACUGUGAUGCCGUUCCUUACCUGUUCAAGAAGGUACGAGCCGUCUACACAGAAGGCGGUUGGUUUGAGGAAGGGAUGAAGCUGGAGGCCAUUGACCCCCUGAAUCUGGGCAACAUCUGUGUGGCAACUGUCUGUAAGGUUCUCCUGGACGGAUACCUGAUGAUCUGUGUGGACGGGGGGCCCUCCACAGAUGGCUCGGACUGGUUCUGCUACCACGCCUCUUCCCAUGCCAUCUUCCCGGCCACCUUCUGUCAGAAGAAUGACAUUGAGCUCACGCCCCCAAAAGGUUAUGAGGUACAGACUUUCAACUGGGAGAACUACUUGGAGAAGACCAAGUCGAAAGCCGCCCCAUCGAGACUCUUCAACAUGGAUUGCCCAAACCAUGGCUUCAAGGUGGGCAUGAAGCUGGAAGCCGUGGACCUGAUGGAGCCCCGGCUCAUCUGUGUGGCCACGGUGAAGCGAGCCGUGCAGCGGCUCCUCAGCAUCCACUUUGAUGGCUGGGACAGCGAGUACGACCAGUGGGUGGACUGCGAGUCCCCGGACAUCUACCCCGUCGGCUGGUGUGAGCUCACCGGCUACCAGCUCCAGCCUCCUGUGGCCGCAGAACCGGCCACACCGCUGAAGGCCAAAGAGGCCACAAAGAAGAAAAAGAAACAGUUUGGGAAGAAAAGGAAAAGAAUCCCGCCCACCAAGACGCGGCCCCUCAGACAGGGGUCCAAGAAGCCCCUGCAGGAGGACGACCCUCAGGGUGCCAAGAAGGUCUCGUCGGAGCCCGUUCCUGGCGAGAUCAUUGCUGUGCGUGUGAAGGAGGAGCAUCUAGACGCGGCCUCGCCCCACAAGGCUUCAAGUCCAGAGCUGCCUGUCCCUGUUGAGAACAUCAAGGAGGAAACGGACGACUGAGCCUUCCUGCCUCCAGCCUGGCUCCUAGCCGGAAGCCAGCCGGGGUUUCUCUGCCACCACCACCAUGCCUCCACCUCACUUUGGCUUGGAGACUGAGCCUAUGUGUAAAUUCGGCCUGGUGCCGUGAAGGCUGGAUGGUGGAGGACCUGCUGGGGUCUCCUGGGACCUGCCUGUUGCCUCUACCCUCCCCUGUGGAAAGGCCUAUGUGACGGGCUGCCGGAGGCCCCCGAACUCGUCUGUGAACCACCUUCUCCAGCCAGAGUUCCCAAAGCUGGAACGCUAGCUGCCUGCUCUUCCUUGAGAUGGCCUCCCCGGGACCCGCCACAGCCCUCAGUUACCGGGGUGGGGCCACCCCUGUCACACUGUGGAGGACAACACAGUGAAGGUCCUCUGACGGGGAGGUGUGUGAUGGGGGCAGCCUCUGCCUCAAAAAUUCACCUUGCACAAUGCCUCUCAGCCUCGUGCUGGUCCUCUGCCCCUCCGAGCUCCCCAGGGAUGGUGGGGACCCAGCUUGGCUCGGCAGCUGAGAAGCAGUGACCAGAAUAUAGAUUUUGGUGACCUGUGUGGCGGCUUUGAGCUGCUUCCUGUGUUUGUGAGGACUGCCGCCAUUUCCUAAAGGAAAUGCCCCGGCGAGGCCACUGGGAGGAAGAUGGCCUGAGUGUGCACUCUGGCUCUGCUACCUGCUCCUGAAGCCCCGCUAAAAAUAACUCAUCCAAGAUUCCUUUGUGGUUAAAGGGUCCAGUUCCGACUGGAGCCCCUGGAGAGCAGGGCUUCUUUGCUGUUUUGACCUUUUGUUCCUGCCUGAAUGAAGAAGCCAUUCCUGGAGGGGCUGUGAACACAGAACCCUCAGGACAAGGAUGACAGAGCUGGAGGACACAUCCAGCUGCCACUGCAGCCUCCCUGGGCUCCCCAGACUGUGUACGAGAAGUGAAAUCCCCUACUUGCUUGAGCCCGUUUGUUAGAUCUCUGUGCCUUGCAGACUGUGUUCUGACCCCCACCUCAUGGUAUCGAUUAUGAGGCCACGUGAGUCAAAACACGAGUGUGCGAGGCUGUAAAGAAUAAAUGUUGCCUGUCAUGAGCC